AUGAAACAGAACUUCGGACCAAUAGUGAACCAGAACCCACGAAACAGAACUUCGGACCAAUAUGAACCAGAACCCACGAAGCAGAACACUGGACCAAUAGUGAAAACAGAACUUCGGACCAAUAGUGACCCAGAUCCCACGAAACAGAACACUGGACCAGAACCCACGAAACAGAACAUCGGACCAAUAGUGAACCAGAACACACGAAACAGAACACUGGACCAACGUAACCAAUUACAUGACCCAGAUCCCACGAAACAGAACACUGGACCAGAACCCACGAAACAGAACUUCGGACCAAAGACCAAUAGUGAACCAGAACCCAAGAACCAGAACACUGGACCAAUAGUGAAAACAGAACUUCGGACCAAUAGUGACCCAGGACCCACGAAACAGAACACUGGACUAAUAGUGAACCAGAACCCACGAAAGAACACUGGACCAAUAGUGAACCAGAACCCAAGAAACAGAACACUGGACCAAAAGAGAACCAGAACCUACGAAACAGAACUUCGGAACAAUAGUGAACCAGAACCCACGAAACAGAACACUGGACCAAUAGCGAACCAGAACCAACGAAACAGAACACUGGACCAAUAG